AGUUUCUGGCCGCAGCCCCGCUCGUGGCAAAGCAGUGUCUGCGGGCGCCCGGGCGGCGGCCCGCGCCCCUCCAGGCUACUUUAUGGAAUGGGCCCUUAAGAGAACCAGAGCGGAUUGAAGCAUUAUAGGAAAACAAAUCAUGUGAUCUUCAGAUUCAGGAAUGAGUAGAAAUGCAGCCAUCUGAACUGGUCAUGAACCCCAAACAAGUCUUCCUCUCUGUGCUGAUAUUUGGAGUAGCUGGGCUUCUCCUCUUCAUGUAUUUGCAAGUCUGGAUUGAAGAACAGCAUACAGGGAGAGUGGAGAAGAAAAGAGAACAGAAAGCAACUUCAGGAUGGGAACCAGUAAAUUACUUGCAGCCUGUAUCCAGAAUCAUGACUACAGAAAAAAACCAGGAUCAUAUCACCAACCAGAACCCCAAGUUUCACAUGCCUGAGAAUCUGAAAGAAAAAAAGGAAAAUCUUCUACUCAACUCUGAGAGGCCUACUAGGGUCCUAACGAAAACCAGCCACUCACAAGGAGAGGAUCAACCUUUGAAUAAGACCACAGGGUCACCAACAAAUAAGUUGAUUGAAAAACAUCAAGGAGCUAAGACUGUCUUCAAGAAGUUCAGAAGAAUGAAUUGGCCAUUGGACACUCGCCCUUUAAACAAAAGUUUAGUCAAAGACGACAAAUGGAAGAAGACUGAUGAGACCCAAGAGAAGCGCAGGUCUUUCCUUCAGGAGUUUUGCAAGAAGUAUAGUGGAAUGAGUCGUCCUCAAUCACAGCUGUUUCAUAUGGUAUCCAGAAUCUAUGUAGAAGAUAAACACAAAGUCUUAUAUUGCGAGGUACCGAAGGCUGGCUGUUCCAAUUGGAAAAGAAUUCUGAUGGUACUGAAUGGAUUGGCUUCCUCUGCGUAUAACAUCUCCCACAACACUGUCCACUACGGGAAGCAUCUGAAAAAGCUAGAUAGCUUUGACUUAAAAGGGAUAUAUACUCGCUUAAAUACCUACACCAAAGCUGUGUUUGUUCGUGAUCCCAUGGAAAGAUUAGUGUCGGCAUUUAGGGACAAAUUUGAACACCCCAAUAGUUAUUACCACCCAGUAUUUGGAAAGGCAAUUAUAAAGAAAUAUCGACCAAAUGCCUGUGAAGAAGCAUUAAUUAAUGGAUCUGGAGUCAAAUUCAAAGAGUUUGUCCACUAUUUGUUGGAUUCCCACCGUCCAGUAGGAAUGGACAUCCACUGGGAAAAGGUCAACAAACUCUGCUAUCCAUGUCUGAUCAAUUAUGAUUUUAUAGGGAAAUUUGAAACUUUGGAAGAAGAUGCCAAUUACUUUUUACAGCUGAUUGGUGCUCCAAAAGAGCUGAAAUUUCCCAAUUUUAAGGAUAGGCACUCUUCUGAUGAAAGAACCAGUACUCAAGUCGUGAGACAGUACUUAAAGGAUCUAACUAGAACUGAGAGACACUUAAUCUAUGAUUUUUAUUACUUGGACUAUUUGAUGUUUAAUUACACAACUCCAUUUUUGUAG